AUGAUGCUUUGCCCACUUCGCCUUCGCACUGUCGCCCUGUUUCUGACCGUUUGGGUCGCUGCAGGAGCAGGUUUUGGAGGCUGCCCGCCCAUAGAGCAAGUGCAGAAGCCUGAGGUGGUAAGCACUUACAACGUCUCCAAGGCCCAGGGGAGGUUCUUUGAGAUCUUCGUCAAGGACGUGGUGGAGGCUCCCUGCACCUGCUUUCUGAAGGACAGGCGUGUGAAUGCCAAGGGAUUGCAGGACAGCGAUCAGCUCUACUGUGGUGCUGGGAAGUACAUGUCCUGGUACAACGCGACGGAGGACAACUUCUUCGUUCCGGGCCACAACGCGCGCUUCGACCUCGUCUUUCAGCGGCCCCUCAUCCGCAAGGUCGUUUUUCCCAAUGUGGUGCUGGGCUUUGCCGAGGAGGCUCCGGGUGCACACACCAGCGGCUACACCUGGCUGGUGGAGUACCAGUGCAUGGAGCGGCUCGGGGUGCAGACCUACAUGGGCUUCAACAUCUACCACCGGAACUGGGACCCUCCUGAGGCGGAUGUGAUUGCAAUCCGAAGGGUCAUCGAGGAGGCAGGCCUUGAGGAGCACUGGGCCAGUAUCAAACCCAUGGGGGGCCCUCACUGCAACUACACCAACCACACAUCCUCGCCUCCUUCGACGUUUCAGAGCAGCCCUGCUUUGUUGGUAUAG